AUGUCUAAAGAGGAGGUGGUGCUUUUGGGUUGUUGGGUGAGCCCAUUUUGCAUGAGAGUGAAGAUUGCGUUGAACGAGAAGGGCAUUGAGUAUGAGGACAGAGAGGAGGAUUUGUUCGGAGGCAAAAGCGAGUUGUUGCUCAACUCGAAUCCGAUCCAUAAGAAAGUGCCGGUGCUCUUGCACUAUGGGAAGCCCUUGUCUGAGUCCACCAUCAUAGUUGGGUACAUUGAUGAGACAUGGGCUUCACCACCUUUGCUCCCGAGUUGUGCAUAUGGGCGCGCCAAGGCCAGGUUUUGGGCGGAUUUCAUCGAUAAAAAGCUGCAUGAUGCGGGGGCCCAGAUAUGGAGGGCAAAUGGAGAGGAGAGGGAGGUGGGAACGAGGGACUUCAUAGAGAUAUUGAAGCAACAAGAGGAAGCCCUUGGGGAGAGAAACUACUUUGGGGGAGAGGGAGAUGCAUUUGGGUUCGUGGACAUCAUCGCCAUUGGAAUGGCCUCGUGGUUCCCUGCGUACGAGAAGUUCGGGGGCUUCAAGGUCGAGGAUCACUGUCCCAAGCUGUCGGGUUGGAUCAAGAGGUGCAAGCAGAGGGAGAGCGUGCGCAAGGUCCUUCCCGACCCGGAAAAGGUCUACGAGUUCCUGGUCAUGUUCAGGAAGAUGCAAGGUCUCGACUAAAAAUGUUCUUCUGGACUUCGUAUGUUCCGGUCCUCUGUCCGUGCAGACAAUCAGUGAAUAAAUUUGGACGAC